UUUACACGAUUCUGUCUUAGUUGUGAUCGCGACACUGCUCAAUACUGCAACGUUUUUUAUGUUUGUUGCAAUCGUGAACCAAGAAGGCACCGAUGGAAAAUCUAUCAGAAGCUUUGCGGGCCCAUUCAUAUCUUACGCCGAUAGGUUUUACCAGUGCGAAAAAGAGGGCAAAUGGUCAUGGAAUAUGCGAGUUUCACACUUCAAUCCACAGAAACCGAAACAAUUGCAAGUUCUUAGCGGAAAUUUGACUGCUCCAGUACCAAUAGACGAUAGUGCCUGGGUGAGAGUAAACCUGGAUGUUCGGAAUAAUAACCAAUGGAAAGAAAAUUCGCUUGUUAUUGACUUCAAAGAUAAAGCAUGCUCAAUGAUUGCAACACAUAUACCCGGAUUUUAUCACUUAAUGUUCGACAAGGAUGGCAAGGCACCCAAAUCUCCGUGCGUCAUUCCUGCUGGUGUUUACGUAGCCAACCAAGAACCGGUCGAUUGGACGUUCCCAAAAUUUCCAGUCUUGCCGUACGGACAUUACCAAUUCAAAAUUAAAAUUGGUUCUGCCAAAGAUUUAAUAGCAUGCUUAAUAGUAGAAUGUCAUGUUAUUCCGAAACCUUAGAACCUACGGGCCUACACUGUAAAUUUUAAUGCGAUAAAUGUCAUACAAUUUGCAGCGGUGAAUUAAAAGAAAGCGAUUUACAGUAAAUUACGCAAUCUGGGGAGAGAUAAGUGUUUUAUUGCAGUGGGCAGCGAUAAGAUUUUAUCGCAUUGGAUAUUCCAUUGAAGUGGUGUAAAAGAAUUUGCAUUGCAUUGGAAUGCGAUAAAAAAUGAUUUAUUGCAUUAAAAUGCGACGGGUAGGUUUUGGAGGGUCCCCUGUCUUGAGGGUCCCCCCUGCACUUUUUACAAUUUUUUAUUGUUUUUCUUAAAAAAAUGGUUUUUAACAUUUAAAUAAUAAUAAAAUAUUAAAAUAUUGUUUGCAACUAAUUUUAAGGGUCAGAGUGGCCUAGGAAUUUUUCCUAUUGGUUCCUAGUGUGCUGUAUCGUGGGCUCAUGCUCUUAGCAUAAGUGUGUCUUUGCUAGUUGCGAUGUGUAUAUUUGAAAUGAGGCUAUUAGAAUUAUAUGUUAGU